AUGAGUUUAUUUCGUAAUAUAUCAAUAGAUCUACCAAUUGAAGUAUGUCAUUUAACAAAACUUUUUAAUCAAGAUACAAAUCCAUUGAAAGUUAAUUUAAGUAUUGAAGUUUAUCAAGAUAAAAAUGGAACUGGACUUGAUACUUUUUGUAUAGCAUGUCUUAAACUUAUACUUAGUGAACAAUCAUUGGCUAUUAUAGAAAAUCGUGCUUCUUCAAUACAAUCAUUAAGUGGUACAAGUACACUUCGUAUUGGUUUAGAUUUUCUUUAUCGAAAUGGUUUUCAUAAUCAUGAAUCUAUUUUGCAAACAGUUGGAUUUGAAAUAAGAAAAUAUAGAUAUUGGAAUAAAGAAAAAUUUACUCUUGAUAUUGAUAGUUUUAUUGCUGAUCUUGAAUCUGCAUCAUAA